UUUCGUAUCUUUCCGUGUAACGUGAACGCAGCAUUGUAGAUCCACGUUUCCCAUGAUGCAGUGCGAGGAACACCCGGCGGGGACAUUCAAAACUAUGGCCGAGGUGUCGAACAUAUUUAAACCAACUUUAAACUCACAAGAUGUGGACAACACCUCAACUGCUAACAGCGGAGACAAAGAGAUAAAGAGACGCCUUUCGUUUUCGUCUGAAAAAGAUGUCAGCACACUGGAGGAGGCGAAUACGGCGUGUAAAGUCUCAACGUUACAAAGUGUCCCCGACGACUCAAACUCACGUCGACUCUCGGCGGAAAUCGCCGGUCAGCUCUCGCCACAGGCCGUAAACACACGGCUAAAGGCGAACACUGCGGCUGAACAUCCACCGAAUUCAAAACAUCAUGUUGUAAACAACACUGAAGACAAGGAAAACACCGCUAUGUCCUCUACAACCAUCACCUCAGAGAACACCCAAGAAGAGGGCACUUCUGGUCAGAGUUUGCAAGAUUCCAGUGUGACUACCAGUAAACAACAUGGUAACACAGAGGACGGUGAUGCUGAAGUGGUGAGAAGAGCCCAGGAGGAAGGCCAUGUGACCGUGGUCUUCCCGGGCACUGUAACUCAGGAAGGCUGCUGUCGCUUUGUCAGCGAGAUCCUCAAGUGCAUUCUCUAUCAGAGGCAGCAACUACCCAUGACUUAUGACCAGCUGGUGUACUCCCAGAAGAAACAGCAAGCCUCAAUGCAGGAUAAAGACAUAGUAAGUCGGAGGCCAAUUCAGUCUGCAGACAUGGACUGGCGCAAGUGUCAGCAGACCCUGCAGGAGCUAGAGGAGGUACUGCAGCAACUGGAGGUGCUAUUUUCCCUCAGCAGGGUGCCCCGUGUGCUGCUGCUAAUUGGUGGUUCCCUCAUCCUGCCCAAAGAGCUAUAUGAGAUCAACAUGGAGUCUCUGGUAGUAGCUGGUGGAGAUCAAUGUCUGCGGGUAUCCUCAUGCUUAAGGCAACUCUUCCGCACACUUUUCGUGGCUGACCUUUUGUCUGACACCAGACCUGUUCGUUUAAUGCCCACUACAGUGUUAGCAAUGGCUCACAGGGAUUGCGGAGUAAGUUGGUUCUACCCUAAGUUACAAUUUAAAGUGCCAACCCGUGUAAAGAACCAAAUUAUUGCCCUGUCUACUGAUUGCACCACAUAUAAGGAACCAAGGGCAGAGGGGUCCGACUGGCAGGAUUAUGUGUGGUUUCAGGCGCCCAUGACUAUCAAGGGCUUUGGCAAGUGACCCAAAAGAUUCUGGAGCAAACAGAUAUUGGAGCUCUACCUCUGGAGCCUGUUUACUAAAAAUACAUUUUAAUGGUGGUUCAAGUGAAUUUUGAACUUUUGAAUUGAAGUGUCCAUAUUUUAAUUUAGUUUUUUUUUUUCUAUUUGUGAUUAAAAAUAUUCCUAUUAAAACAAUAGUGGGAUUAUUGACACCAGCAGUAUAGCGUAUUAGUUUUUUUUUUAUAGUCUUGUCAGAGAAUGUAUUCCCAAUGCUCUGUUGUUGGAGAACUUUGUAUAUUAUUGUUUAUAUUUAUGGAGAAUGUUGGUGACAUGUUUUGCAUAAAAUAUCACUAAUUUUAACAAUCUUAAACACAGGACAACACACUUAAUAUUGGUGCAAUAUAUUUUUAAUCUGCAUAACUUAAAAGAUUGAAUGCAUUAUGUCGCUUUCUUGAAUCCAAUCUUUGGAUACAUUGCCAAUGUCGUCUGUGUAUAUACAUGUUUACAUUUAUUAAAAUGAUUUUGAUAUUGCUG